GUGAAGGUUUACAGAAACAACUUACAGUCCACUUUUAUGUUAUCCACACCAACAAUAGGGAUAUUAACUUUUAAGGCGAAGAUGAACUUUUAUGUGAUUUGAACUCUUGGAAGGCUGUCAAGAACUAACCACAAAUGAUCACGUCAAAUUUUAUCUGUAUAUCACUGGAGAAACUUCACAAGAGCCAUCCGCUUUGGGCGAAUGCCACAGUCGGAGAAGCUGAGGUUAAAGGCGGAAAUCCUAACGGGAGAACGAGAGAUCGAGGACCCACAGCUGGCCGAUCAGAAAACCCUGGCCAAGCAGAUCUACGAGGCCUACCUGAAGAACUUCAACAUGAACAAAUCCAAAGCACGGACCAUCCUGACAGGCAAGACGAGCACACCGCCUUUUGUCAUCCACGACAUGGAGACGCUGCAGUUGGCCGAACAGACUCUUGUGGCCAAGAUGGUAGGCUCUUCUGGGGCUCUGCUGAAUAAAGACGCUGAGGUUCGAAUAUUCCACUGCUGUCAGUGCACUUCGGUCGAGACGGUGACCGAGCUGACUGAAUUCGCCAAGUCCGUGCCAGGCUUCUCAAACCUGGACUUAAAUGACCAGGUGACUUUAUUAAAGUACGGCGUCCAUGAGGCGCUCUUCGCCGUGCUGGCGUCGUGCAUGAAUAAAGACGGCCUGCUGGUCGCGUACGGCAGCGGCUUCAUCACCAGAGAGUUUCUGAAGAGCUUGCGACGGCCGUUCAGCGAAAUGAUGGAGCCCAAGUUUCAGUUUGCCUUGAAGUUCAACUCCCUCGAACUGGACGAUAGUGACCUCGCACUGUUUAUCGCUGCCAUCAUCUGCUGUGGAGAUCGGCCAGGCCUGGUGAACGUCCCGCACAUCGAGCGAAUGCAGGAGAGCAUCGUAAACGUGCUUCAUCUGCACCUCAAGAGCAACCAUCCAGACAACGGUUUCCUCUUCCCUAAAGUCCUCCAGAAACUAGUGGACCUGCGGCAGCUGGUGACGGAGCACGCUCAGUUAGUGCAGGAAAUCAAGAAGACAGAAGACACUUCGCUGCAUCCCUUACUGCAGGAGAUUUACAGAGACAUGUACUGAGUCGGCUUUGGCUCAUUCGUCUGGUUGAUUUCUAGAAAAAGCCGUUUCUCUCAGGGGCCCUCAAAACACGUCCCCUCCACAGCUACACUGUGAUCUUUAAUAAGGGGCGUCAUGUGAACCACUAUUUCCGUGAUUUCUGGAUGAAAACGGCAAGAACAUCAGGGCUGUUCAAUACCGAUGAGUUAAACAAUGGUUUCUGCGGUAAGUGGUUUAAAGAGAAAAACAAGACAAUGGCAAUUAAAAUGCAUCCUGGGGAUCUUUUUUGGGGGGAUAUUUUAUAAACUCUUACUGGUCUCUUGGGCCUGAAACUGUGAAUAGAAACCCUAAAAUCCAACGUAAUCAUACAGCAAUAUGAUUUUUUUAUAUUGACACGGUAGCUUUUGAUAGUGUGCGGUUUAAACCCGCAGUUUUCACCCAAGUGACUUCCACAUAGACCUGCCGUAACUAGUGAAACUGACCGUUUUGUAACGCUACAGGGAUUUUUGCUUCAUGGUUAACAUUGUCGUGAACACAGAAUUAAUUUUUUUUGAUCAUGCUAACCUGGGAAAGCAAAAAUAUGACACAGAAUGAUCAAUCUCAGACAUUUUCCAGUCAACAUUAGCAAAUAUUUUUCAAUCAAAUCGAAAUUAUUUUUCACAAUAUUACAGUCUCGGUCCGUAACUGCAGCUUUCAAGUUAUAAAAUGCAGUGCUCAAAUACAAAGCAGAUCAAUAGCUCAUGACCUAUGCCUUCUGACAGAGCACAAGCGCUCCAGGUUGUGCAGUUUUACAGUAAUCUACUGUUUAAAGGGCUAAAGGAGCACGACAAAUGAGGUCUGUUACAGCAUUUAUACUGCAAGCGUGGCACUGCACAAAAAAUGGAGUGAAAAUGCACUAUUGCAUUAAUAUUUGAGCGAACCACACUCUUAUUGUUUGAACACAGGUGUCUGUCGGGCUUGAUGCACGUUAAACAUGCAAUAGAUCGUACUGAAUCCAGGUGAUUUAAGCAGUUUGAGCAUCAUUCUUUCUCAUAUAAAUGUGGUUUAAUGACAGUAACAGUUCUCAAAGAGCCCAUACACGGCCGUUGUUAAAGAAAGCAUCAACGCAGUAACCCAGAACUCACUGCACAGAGUUGCAUUUGCACUGCAGCUGCUCACAUGCUGCAGAUGCAAAGCCUAGCUUGCUUUAAUUUCCUUCCUGUCUUAAUCGGUUUCACACCGUUUGUCUGUCUGUCUCUCCAGCAGUCAUUCUUGUCAGAGCCGCAGUGCCUAGUCUCGACGUCCCUAUGUAAACCAGAAACAGAAGCUAAUUGUAUCAAAUAUGUCUGUGUCAUACCAGCUUUUGAAAAUGUGAACUCUGUGUGCAGUAAUCUACAUUAAAAUGUUCUUUUGCGUAAGGGGCCGUUCACACAGAAUGCAUUUCCGAUGCUUUUCCGUUGUUUUUCUGUGUAAACAUGCAUUAGACAGACGCUUGGCCAUUGCGCUCGUGUGUUUUACGGCGACUCUCGCAUGAGACUGCACUCAAGUUAAAACGAGUUCAAUUUUUUAAAACGUGUUUUGAGACAUUUCGUUUUUUUUUCCAUUCUGCUGUCGUGUCGUGCAAGAGUUUAAUAGUACAAAAAGUGGCGUUUAAUGGAUUAGAUUGCGUAAGAUUAAUUUUGAGAGCCAUUCUAAAAUCAAACUACAAACUGGAUUCCCAGAAAUAUUAUGGAGCCCCUAAAGGAACACGGUGAUGCUAAAUAACAUAGCACAGGAUCAAAAAAAAUAUUUGUUUGUUUAUUAAUUGUUAAUUCGAGAAAUUUUGAGUUUGAUCACAAAACUUUUGCGUUCCUCCGAGAAACUCACAAAACAUUUUUGUUCGCUCACAAAAGCAUUGCGUCCCAACAAAGAAACUUCGUGAUCACUCUUAAAAAUUUUGGAUUGCCCCAAAAAUCGCAAAACAUUUGCGUUCGCUCGUUAAAGUAUUGCGUUCCCCCCAAAAACUUCGCUAAAGUAUUGUUUUUGCUCGCAAACAAUUGCAAAGGGGAAAGCAAAUGUUUUACGAGUGAACGAAAAUUUUUGAGAGCGAAUGCAAUACUUUUGCGAGAGAA